GCGAGAUCAAAAUGUCAAUAGAGGAACAGCUUGCGACUUAUCGCGAUAGAAAAAAGAGAGAAAACGUACAACUGAGUCCAUUUGCCGCUAUUUUCAGUAGACACAAAACAAUCUACAAACAUCCUAGCAAUGAAGGGGUUGCGACUGGAUCAACUAAAGGACCAAGCAGUAUGAACUCUGAGGUUGUUUACUCAGAGGCUGAAAACAUUCCAGUGCUAGCCAAGGAUAAACUUUCUGCACCUAUUAACAAUACACUGCCUGUAGUAGAUGGACAAGAAAAAUCACCUGGAAACUUUCUUACCAGAUUGUGUACAGAAAACCGCUUUAUCAGCAAUACAUUAUUCUUGAAAAUGAUCCUGUGGCUAAUCUUAAUGGGAUUAUUUGUCGAGCUAGAAUUUGGGGCAGUGUUUUUUGUCAUUUCUGCCUUCUACUUUAUGUAUAAGAACAUGAGGACCAAAAAGAAAGAUGAAGAAGCUCCUAGUGCUUAUUCAGUGUUUAACCCCAACUGCGAGAGAAUUGAUGGAACUAUUGAUGCUGAACAGUUUGAGAAGGAGUUGAAAUAUGGAGCAGUGGCAUUUAAUCAUAACUGAUCUAGUAUAAAAGUCUAUUGAGAUUUGAUCAUUUGGUAUGACAAAUUCAGGAACUCACAAAAGCCACUGGCCCCCAAGUUCUAAUAUAGUGGAAUUGCCUUAUUAUGGACUGGAAAAUUUGACUGUCCCACAAGUUUUGGAAAUUGCUGCCUAGGAUGCAAGGACUAAUAAGGAAUUGAAAUAUUAUCGAGUCAUUCAGAUAAUACUGCCUUAUACUGUCACAUGGCAUCUGUAUAGUCCAUUGGCAGGGAUGUAGCCAGGCCUUCCCAAGAUUUUGAGAGAUUAAUAGAUUAUAUCCCAUCUGGCUCACUUAUAUGUUUUUAUUGUACCUAAAAAAAGGUACGAUAUUAAUGUCAGCUUGACGGGUGGUGGGCGGUUACAUGAUACCAGAUUUACAGAUUCAUGAUUUAUAUAGUGUUUGUUUAGAUUUGCUACUCAGUGGAGUUG